UAAUUCCACAGUUAAUAGUAUAUUGCCUUCAAAAUGGAGUCAUUUCCAACAAGAAUAUGUGGGGGAAUGCAUCACAUAUCAGAGGCCGUGUUCGUGAGGAUGUGUGAGAUAGUGGGGACCUCACAACAGGUGGCCAUCAGGCGGGAGACAGAGGACCUUAUGGAGAUGGUGGGGAGACGAGUGAAAUCUUAUGAUAGUACCAUUAUGAUGUUGAGUGGAAGUCACAGAGAAGGUUUCAGACUGGAGGGAUCAGAUAUCGACUUUAUGUUCUGGCCAAAAAACCACCGAGUGAUCAUGGACAUGUCUCAGUCUGUGUAUUACAACACAGCCAAUACAGCCUUGAUUCUCUCUGACAGUUCUGAGAGUCCACCAGGAUUCACUCUACUUCAGUUACUGACACCAACAACAAACAGUGAUGUCCAAUCAGCAUGUGUCAGAAUGAAUGACAGAGUCUAUAUAUCUAGUUCUAUAUGGAGACAGUUAACUUGUUCUAUAGUAUUUCAAAAUUCUACUGCACACGGACCCUGUGGUAGUGGUGUUAGAGGACGUUUAGAAUAUGACACUGCCUGGUGUUUUGAAUGUGACUUUUGGCCUCUGUUUGCCUCAUCAUGGUUAGACAGAUGUCAUUUAUGGCCUGAUUCUGAAGUUGUUCAUGAUAUUGUCAGAAAUGGCUGUCACUUUGUAGCAAUAGGACACCCAUUAGGACCACAUGAACAUGAAGAAUGGAGACUUUCUUUCUCUCAGGCAGAAUAUAAACUUGUUUCUUCAAUGAACCACUGUCAGUUUCUGAUAUAUGGAUUGUUAAAACUUUUCUUAAAAGAAGUAAUGAACCAACAAUCAGAAGAAACCAAUAAACUGUUGUGUUCCUAUCACAUGAAGACAACAAUUUUUUGGGCGAUUCAACAAAACACACUACCUCACUGGUGUCCACAAAAUCUCCUGGCCGGUUUCUGGGUCUGCUUUAAACUCCUCCUUAAAUGGGUGUAUGAGGGAGUUUGUCCAAACUUUUUUAUCCCACAAAACAACAUGUUUCUGACAAAGGUCCAUGGCUCCGCACAAAACAGAUUGUUCCUACAGUUACAUGAAUUGUACAAGAAAGGUCUGGCCUGUCUGUUACAGAGUUCCUCUAUCAGGUCCUACAUCAUUAAUGUCCUAUACAAUCCUAGACUAUCUAUUUGUACAGAUGAAAGUAAAAUGAGGUCUGAAGUUGAUUGUGAUGUAGAACUUGUAAAUGAGUCUUCUAAAGUUGUAUUUCCUACAUUAGAACUAUUUGGUCUUACCAAAGCCAUACUCACAAUAGAACACUUGUUAGAGUCACCUCUGACACAAUAUCAAGUUACUAUAAUACAGAAACUUACAGCCUCUUUUUUUCAAAAUACUGCAUUUGAAUUCCACAACAUGUACACUUACACAGGUUGCAAUAAGCAGAUGUAUAUUGCAGACAAAAUGUCUUGUCACAUGCUGAAACUAGCAGCAAAGUUUGGGUGUAUUUCUGAUAUGUUGUACAUUGCCAUGUAUUAUUACAAGACACUCAGAUACAGGGAAGCUUUAUCUGUUAUAAAGAUGACAAAAGUCAAGUUGGCACCGCCAUAUCUGAUGUAUAGGGGACAUGUAGACAGAGAGAGGUAUACUGAGGCUGUAGGGGGACAGUCCUGGUCUACAAGGAUCAGACAGGCUGUAGCAGUGGAAAUCACUCUUGACAACAGAAUCUCUUAUAUCAGUGAACUAAUACCAGAACAACAGUCUGCUCUACAGAACAAGUUUCCUUCAUUAUGUAUCCCAGUGUUUGUAAUGUUACACUUCCUAGAGUUCUUGUGUUACAGACACAUUGAUACAACAUUAUCACAAGCAGCUCUAGAUGAGCUACAGGUCCUAGUCCACCAUGAUCAGGGACUCUAUGUACGUGAUCUAGGCAGAGACAUCUCCUGGGAGAUCCUGGGGAUCUGUCAACAGAUCACAGGGAACCUCCAGGCUGCUCUAUACUCAUACCAACAGUCACUGAUCACUCAGUAUUCAUUGCAUAUGAUACAUGCUGCUACACACAGGAGAAUACAGGAUGUAAUCUCACACUAGUAAAUAGAUUCCUUAGUUAUUUGAAAUAUCCGUCCACUAAAUGCACAGAUAACAUAGGUUGUAAUAUAACAUCCCUACAUUAUCCUUGAAUAACAAGUAACUUAAUCUGUUUCAGCAUAAUUUGACAACUGUGCAUGUUGUUUAAUUUUUUAAAUUGCCACUGUUUGUUAGUAGUACUUGUCACAUAACAUUACCUCUAUGUAAUGUAUUACAGAACAUGUAAAUAGUGAUACAUUGCAAUUGUCAUGGUAUAACAGUCCCAGCCUUCACCUUUUCAAAUAUAUUCCUCAACUCAGACCCUGAAAGAAAAGAUACAUAAAUUUGAGGUCAAAACUAAGACUUGAGGCUGAGUAAUGGCUUGAGGAAUUUUGGUGACAGUGGGACCAGACCAGUAUCAAUAUCUUACACCAGUGUUUGGUGACAGAAUAUUCUUUGCUAUGCUGUCCCAGUUUUAAGGUGGAUCCCUACUCAGACGCGUCAUCAAUGUAGCAAAUAUAAUAAGCUUUAAAAUCCAAAACGAUAUUUGUUUGGAUUUACCCUUAUUUGCCCUAAUUUUUAAUGUUUAAUUGAUAAUUCUGAAUUUGAUAGAAGCAGUCAAGUGUAAAUAAUGUCUACAAGUAUAUAAAUGUUUUGAUCUUAUUGAGUCCAAUAGUUGGAAAUCGUGAAUUUUUUUUACUGAGAUUUUAGUACGUUUGUGUUUAUAUAUGCAGAGAAAAGGUACUGUUUAUCCAAAAAAUUAAUUUGUACUCAAUACAUGUAGUUUUGAAAGAAGAAUUUUGGGGUUUAUCAAAGCAAAGAAAUAAAAUGCUGUUUUCUGAUGUAUUUUUAAAUUGUGUUCGUGACACUUUUUUAAAGCUGCAUUUUGAUAAGGGGGUAUAUGUGUUCUAAAGGUCGUAGAAAAAAAAGAAGCAUGUGAAGUCCUAUAUUUAUUUUGCUUUUUAGUUGCAGUAGACAUAAAUCUAAUAUUUUAAAGUUUAAAAAAUGGUGUUUAACUAUAAAAUUUUUAAGAUAAGUUAAAAAAUGUGAAAUUAUGUAAAAAUUAUGAAAUAGCAUUUUUGUAACAUUUCAUUUUAAAAUUUAAUUUUAAUCAAUCAAAUAAUGAUAAUCACACCUGUUAUUACUUUCUUACAUUAUUAAUGAUUAAUUAAAACAUUUGAAUCUUUGUUUUGCUUUGAUAUUUUUUUAAUAUGAGCCAAAUAAUGAUUUUGGUUGAAAUCAUGUGAUCGAAGAAAGGGGUAUGCAUCUUCUGGAGACUAGUGAUAAAAGUAAAUAGUUAAGGCAUGUAUUCUUGGGGCUUUUUUAUAACGUAAGGUAUUAUCCUACUUGAUUAAUGAAAAAAAAACCUUACUUUAACCACAAAAAUCCUGAGUAGGGACCUACCUUAAAUACUGUAUUAUAUAUCAUUAUCAACGGUGUAAUUCUUUACUGUGAACUGCUUUAUUCAUGUGAUGUUCAAUGUUUUUAAUUUAUCUCAUCAUGGUUGGUUUUUUAAUGGAUUUGAAAUCCAUAAAAAUAAUGAACUGAAUGGAAACAUUUUAUUUCAGUGCACUCAUUUUUAUAAAUUUCUUGACAUUAAUAUAUUUUCAAUGUACAUACUAUGCAUAUGUUGCAAUACAGUUCAACUUUUUUUAUCAUUGUGUUGUUUAUUUUUACAUGUUGCCAAAAUAAGUAAAAUAGUUUAGUCCCUAAAUCUUUCCA